ACAGAUAUUUUACUGACAGCCAUGCAGCAUAAAGGCAUUAUGCUGAUUGUGUUCUUGGAGUAUUUUAUUUCUGGCCAUGGGGAAGCAGAUCCCAUGAGGCUACGAGCCUUCCGCUGUAAUGGCCGUUCUUGCAACCCUCCAGUGGGAAACCUUGCAACAGGGAGGACACCAGUCACUCUCACCACAUGUGGCCAGAACAGUACAGAACUGUACUGUUUCUACUCAGACCAGAAUCUCUUCCAUCAGGCCUCCCAUGGCUGUGGGCAGCCUCGCUGCACCAAAUGCAAUGCCAACCAGCCUGAUAACUCCCAUCUCCCAGCUGACAUGACAGACGAUUUCUUUGCAAACCCCAUCUCCUGGUGGCAGUCUGCCCAAGGGGUACACAGGGAAGAAAUCAGACUGGACUUUGAAACAGAGUUCUACCUGACCCAUGUCAUUGCUGUGUUCAAGUCACCUCGACCAGCUGCGAUGGUGUUGGAAAGAUCCCAGGACUAUGGGCAGACUUGGAGGCCCUACAAAUAUUUCUCUGUCAACUGUACAGCUACUUUUGGGCUCCAGGAUGAUCUCAUUGAGGAGGGCUCCAUGUGCACUUCCAGGUAUUCAGAUGCAUUGCCCUGCACCAGAGGUGAGGUGAUUUAUCGUGCCUUAAGUCCAGCUAACAAGAUUGAAGACCCCUAUAGCCCUGAGGCUCAAGAUCUCCUGAAACUCACCAAUCUUCGCCUCCUUUUGUUAAAAAGACAGGAAUGUCCAUGCCAUGGUGCAGGACUGGUAGAGAAACCUCAGAGAUUUGCCCACUAUGCUAUUUAUGACCUGAUCAUCCGGGGAAGCUGCUUUUGCAACGGGCAUGCAGAGGAAUGUGAGCUUGCCAACAGGUCGGGAGUCAUGGAGAAUGUGGUCCAUGGGAAGUGUGUGUGUAGACACAACACAGCAGGGGACCACUGUGAGAAAUGUGCACCGCUAUACAAUGAUCAGCCUUGGAAGCCAGGAGAUGGAAAAACAGGAGCUCCCAAUGAAUGCAAAAAGUGUCGCUGUCACAGCCAUGCUGAUAGCUGCCAUUUUGAUCUGAGCGUUUGGCUGGCAUCGGGAAAGCGCAGUGGUGGAGUCUGUGACAACUGCAAGCAUAAUACAGAGGGACAUCGGUGCCAAAGGUGCAAACCGGGGUAUUACCGAGAUAGAGGGAAACCCAUGUCUUCUACAGAGGUCUGCAAGCCUUGCGCCUGCCAGCCAAUGGGUUCAGCCAACGCAACUUUCAGCAGAAGCUGGCGAUGCCACCCCAAGACGGGAUUCUGCUACUGCAAGCCAGGUGUGGCGGGCCCCAACUGCGAUAGAUGUCUCAUGGGCUACUGGGGCUUUGGAGAAAAUGGCUGUCGCCCUUGUGACUGUGCCAGAGACUGCGACCAGCAUACUGGAAACUGUUUCAAUGGCUAUGACAACGAGCCAUUCUUUAACAUCCCCAUUGGGGGACGAAUCCCUGACCUUCUGCAAACACCAACCAACGAGAGCGAAGAGGAGUGGAAAUGGAACGAUCAUGAACAGGGUUUUUCUGCACUGAGGCACCCAGAAAAGUGUGUGUGCAAAGAAAAGGUGCUUGGAAGCGUCACUGACUUCUGCCAAAUGAAAUAUGCUUAUGUGAUAAAAGCAAGAAUCCUAUCAGCUCAUGACAAAGGGACCCAUGCAGAAGUUGUGGUGAAAGUGAAGAAGGUCCUGAAAUCAGGCAAAGUGAAAAUUGCUCGGAGCAACAGAAGCAUUUACCCAGAAUCCUGGACCAACAGGGGAUGUACAUGUCCCAUUCUCAAUCCUGGUACUGACUAUCUUAUAGCAGGCCAGGAGGACUCUAGGACCAGCAAACUCCUUGUGAACAUGAACAGCCUGGUGAAACCCUGGAAAGCAUAUUUGGGAAAACAAGUAUCAGAUAUUCUUCGAGCUGGGUGCAAAUAA